UUUAACAGUAAUUUACAUCAGCUAUGAUGGGACCGGGAGGCUGAGGGGCUGGCUCUGCAGUGGAUAUAAAUAACAGACCCAAUGAUGAAGGUGGAACGACAGAUCUGAACUUUUCACGAGAAGGCAAGAGUGACUGACAGCAGCAGAGAUGAAUCGUGCUCCAUGCUUCCUGGCGUUGGGGCUGUGCCUGGCUUUCUCCUACCAACUUUCUGCAGAAUCCAGUUUGGGGAGACCGUUCAUUCUUAGUGCUGUGGAGGAUGCCAAGAGGACUGUUGAUGAAGCCUACAAAUACUCACGAGAAGAGAGUCUGUCCCGUGUGCAGAAGGGGUCGGCCAGCCCUGCAGAUGUUCUGCGUCUGCUGAAGCAGCCGGCCCGGGACACACGCUCAGCAGUGCGAGCUGCAGAUACAGGACUACAUCUCACAGAUCCAGCAGAGGCGCACCACUGCACAACGUCGCAAUGCUACAGACACAAACACACAGACAGACCACCUCUCAUUCCCAUAAGCUCACAGAAUCUCUCUCUUUCUCUCUCUCCCUCAGAUCUGCUCACCCCUGAUGAACUGGGCACCAUCGCCCGUCUGACAGGCUGUGCAGCUCGAGUUCGGCCCCCGUCCUGCCGCACCACCCCACAGAUCAACACGUACAGAACUGCCACCAACGUCUGCAACAAUCUGAGAAACCCUCGGCUUGGAGCCUCCAACACGCCCUUCACCCGCUGGCUGCCCGCUGAGUACGAGGAUGGGUUCUCCCAACCCAGGGGAUCGGACCCCAGAAGACGUUACAAUGGAUUCUUACUCCCCCUGGUCAGACAGGUCUCCAACCAGAUUCUGACCACAACUGAAGUGGAUAAUGACCAGAUGUUCACUCACCUGCUGACCAUCUUUGGCCAGUGGGUUGACCAUGAUCUGACCUUCACCCCUACAUCUCCCAGCAUCCGUUCCUUCAACAACGGCAUCGACUGUGACGCGACCUGCGAGCAGGCUAACCCCUGCUUCCCCAUUCCGAUCCCAAGGCAGGACCCCCGCUUCAACUCAAAUUCCCAAACUUGCCUCCCGUUCUUUCGCUCCGCCCCCGCGUGUGGGACUGGGAGCACAGGUUCCAUCUUCGGGGCGAACAACGUGCGGGAGCAGAUCAACUCCCUGACGGCCUACCUGGACGUGGGGCAGGUGUACGGCUCAGAGGACGCACAGGCCCGGGACCUGCGUGACCUCACCAACGACGGUGGCCUACUGCGCAUCAACCAGAGAUUCAACGACAGUGGCAGGGAGCACCUGCCCUUCUCUACCAUGGUGCCCAACAGGUGCGCAACUCGCCAGAAGAUCACCAACACUUCUGGACUGGAAGAGGUGCCAUGCUUUGUAGGAGGCGACGCCCGUGUGGAUGAGAACAUCGGCCUCACCUCCCUGCACACUCUGUUCCUACGUGAGCACAACCGCCUGGCGCGGGCACUGCGCCAGCUCAACCCGCACUGGAGCAGCGAGACGCUCUACCAGGAGGCGCGCAAGAUCAUGGGCGGCUACCAUCAGGUGAUCAUAUACCGGGAUUACUUGAAAGCCAUCGUUGGACCCAAUGCCUUUUCUCGUUUCCUCUCCAACUACCCUGGCUACGAUGAGAACGUGGACCCCACCAUCUCCAACGUCUUCGCCACGGCUGCCUACCGCUUCGCCCACCUCGCCCUCCAGCCCUUCAUAUUCCGAUUGGAUGAGAACUACCAGGAGCACCCAGAGUUCCCCAAUGUGCCACUGCAUAAGGCUUUCUUCACCCCCUGGAGGGUGGUCUUUGAAGGUGGGAUAGACCCUCUGAUUCGGGGACUGGUGGGCAGUCCCGCCAAGCUCAACACGCAGAAUCACAUGAUGGUGGAGGCACUCCGUGAUAGGCUCUUCCAGUUCACCAGUCGGCUGGCGCUGGACCUGGGUGCUCUGAACAUGCAGCGUGGUCGUGACCACGGCAUCCCUGGCUACAACGCAUGGCGUAGAUUCUGUGGCCUGUCUCAGCCAAGGAACGUAUUCGAACUGGCUCGGGUUUUGAGAAACUUUCCUUUGGCUCAGCGGCUACUGCAGCUGUACGGCACCCCCGCCAACAUCGACGUGUGGCUGGGGGGCGUCGCAGAGCCCUUCGUCCCCGGGGGCCGCGUGGGGCCCCUCUUUGGCUGCCUAAUUACCACCCAGUUUCAGAAGAUUCGCCAGGGAGACAGGUUGUGGUGGCAGAACAAGGGCGUGUUCACCAGCAGACAGAGGGCUUCCAUAGCCAGGGUCUCAUUGGCCCGCAUCAUCUGUGACAACACGGGCAUCAGAGACGUCCCAGGCGACCCCUUCCUGUACCGGCCCCGUGGGUCCGGCUACGCCAACUGCGACACCAUCCCUGCCUUUGACCUCACGCCCUGGAUCGACACCCGCCCAGAUGACAACCAGAUUCAUUUCCAGGAAUUUCAGGGUCCGUCCCCAUCCCAGGCCCAGCCGGCUCAAGGGGAGAGCCAGGACAAUGAGAUACACCCAGCCCCCCGGGUCUGAAGGUUUCUCGUGGCCCCCAGAAGAUGGCAGACAGCAGUUUGGCCUUUUGCUGUUCGUCUGAGCUUCAACUAUCUCCAAUCAAGUUAUUCUCCUCUGCGAGAUCAUCACCAACCGCCAGGACCCCAAGAACGUGUAGCCAGAGGCAUUUACCUUCAUAGUGCCUGAGUUCUACCAACUUGACUUAUCCUGCACCCUGUACCAGAACGUGGGCACCAUUGGCCUGUGCUGUAAUGGCCAGCUGGUACUGCAGUGCUCCAGCACCUUGCGUAAUGGCUGCAUCACCAGCUCCAUCUUUAAUCCGUUCAUCUGUAUGGAAGGGAGUGCAACUGGGGCAGAUUCAGCCACGGCUAAGUUUAAUCCGUAGUCUCUGAACUGCAGCAGGGAAGCAGGGUUUGGCUGCAUGACAUCAUGGCAUGCCACUGGGGAACUGGUGCGAUUUUGAUGUGAUUUUUAGCCUUCUGUUUUGUUUUUGUUUUUUCCGCUUAUUUUUCAUCUCGAUGUGCCAAAGAUGUACUGAGCUCAUAUUACUUGAAGGAGGAAAUCGGUAGCUGGUAAACAAACCAACGUCACAAGGCAUGAUUAUCUUUACAGUAUGAAAUGAGAGCUAAAGAAAUGUUGGGAUGUGCCAGCUGCACUCCAGAGACAGCUUAAUAAGUGAGUCCCAAGAUUUCCACAGUUCACCCAUUUCUAUCUCAGGACACCUGAUUGUGACACUUUGGUCAAAUAUGACGAGGUCAAUGUUUACAAUAGACACCAGCUCAGAGUUGACUCCCCCUGACAAUUCACUUUGCUCAGAUAACCAUAGUUACUCCAUGUAAUAUGCAAAAAUUAUUCAUGGUUAUUUAAAAAAAGUUGCAGAAAAAAGUUCUGGUUGACGUAUACUUUAUUUGCACGAUGGCUGCUGUAUUUAUGACGUAUUUUAUAUUUGAUCGUGUGCUGUAUGUUAUUUCUUUCAUGCCGUUUCUUUCAUUGGGAUAAAUCUGAUUUAUGGGUGUUGUCUGUUUGUUGCUAAAUUUGUCUUUUACAGUACAA